AUGUUUGACCUGAAGAAGAGGAAUAGUCUGACUCUGAACUGCAGCCGGGAGACGGAGGAGUUCAGACGAGUGGCAGUCAGACGGAAGGUCAAAGGUGCUGCGGUGGACUGCCUCGCCUCACAAACAGUGAGCAGUGGAGUGUGUGGCUCGUACGGCUGUGGCCAUGCUUGUGACAGGGUCUGUGGAUCAGAACCAAAUUCCAAGGAAGACCACGGAACAAGCCCAGCCAAAAGAUCUCCAUUCAAACCACAAGGUAGGCUGGAAUCCAUGCCUCCUAAACCAGCUUACCUCCAGAGCCCUGUGAGGCCGGGACAAGAUCAAGCCUACAGUCCCACUACAGGGAAAUUACCGCCCCGAGUUAGUGGCACAGAGGAAGACCGGAGUCCUAACAGAAGUUGUGGAUUUUCUGUUCCCUGUGUAAGCCCUGCACAGAAUUGCCUAAGCCCCCCUAGUCUUGAUAGAGGAGGGGGGAGCUUUUUUUUGAAUGGAGUACCUGGAGCACAUAUCAGCCCUGCCAGACAUGUUCAGGGGAUUCCACAUCUUGCAAGCAGUCCAGUUUUAGGAUCUCCAAGUCCAAGCAAAAGAGGCAUUCAGAACUGUAGCCCGUUGAGGGAGGGUGGGCACAGCCCUGCAAAGUUGUCCCCAAGAAACCUUAGCCCUCUCACAGGAAAACUGCGGACCCCCAGCCCUGUUCUGUGGAGAAAAGGGAGCUACAGCCCCGCCAAGAACUCUAAAUCCUGGCUGGGACUGCACAGAAUCCCAAGCAGCAAGAUGGAAGGACAAGAGAUGAAGACAGGGAAAUCUUUGAGUGUGCCUGACUUGAUCGUUUACAUGGAUGAGAGCAGGAUUCCCACUGAAAAAGCUGAACGUUCUCCACUGAAACCACUGCAAUCACCUAACUGCAAUGGGCCUGCCAUCACCAUCAAAGCACCAACUAACCAUAGACUCAAUCAUCCCACAAAUGAAGCCCAUCUAUUAAGCGAUGGCAGAGAGCAUUCUCCAGGACAGAAUGGCAUCGUGCAGGAGAAAGAAUGGCCAGUAGUAAAUGGGAACGGAAUAAAUGAGAAACUGGAACAAAGCAAAAUAGCCAUAGGAUAUGGCUCCAAAUUUUCCUGCCAAUGGAAUGAGGCCACUACAGAAGAUGGCAGGAUUCAUGAGGAGUCUGUAGGAGAACAAAAUGAGGAGGAUAAGAGUAAGGAGAGAGGAGGAAGCGACCCAAAAGAUGAAGAGAACACAGAGCAGAAAUUGUAUAAGAUAGCCAAUGAACUCCUGCAGACAGAGAGGGCCUACGUAGCUCGCCUUCACCUGCUAGACCAGGUGUUCUGCUUACGACUGACAGAAGAGGCAGGUCGAGGAUCAUUUCCUCCCGAGGUGAUAAGAAAUAUUUUCUCCAACAUUUCCUCUAUCUACUCCUUCCACAGCCAGUUCCUGCUACCUGACCUGGAAACCUGCAUUAGCCACUGGCGUGAGAGGCCAGGCCUGGGUAAUGUUCUGCUGCAACACGCACCCUUCCUGAGGAUGUAUGCCGACUAUGUGAGGAACUUCGAUCAGGCUGUGGAGCUGGUGAGGACCUGGACUGAGCGCUCCUCUGCCUUCAGAAACAUCAUCCAGGACAUACAGAGUCAGGAGGUGUGCGGCAGCCUGACCCUGCAACACCACAUGUUGGAGCCGGUUCAGAGGGUUCCACGUUACGAAAUGCUGCUGAGGGAUUAUCUAAAGAAGCUGCCUGAGGAUAACGCAGAGUAUGAGCUUGCUCACAAGUCCCUGCAGACUAUUUCCAUGGCAGCGACCCACUCAAACAGCGCCAUUCACAAAGCUGAGAGCCUGAAGCGGCUGCUGGAGAUCUAUGAGAUGGUUGGAGAGGAGGAAGUGGUCAAUCCGACCAAUGAGCUUCUCAGGGAAGGUCGCCUGCUCAAGCUUGCUGCCAGGAACACGUCUGCCAUGGAGAGACACCUGUUCCUGUUCAACAACUUUCUGCUGUGCUGCACCCCAAAGUUUAGCCUAGUUGGGCAGCGUUUUACUGUUCGGUGCAGAAUUGGAGUGGAUGGCAUGCACGUGCAGCAGACCACCAAUGAAGACCACCCAUACACCUUUCAGGUCUCUGGAAAGGAGAGGACCCUUGAGCUGCAGGCCAGCUCUGAACAAGACCGAGAUGAGUGGAUAAAGGUGAUUCAAGAAGCCAUUGAUGUGUUUCAGAAGAAAAAUAAAACCUUCAAAUUGGCUUCUAAGGAGCUCAAUUUAGAAGAACCAAUGGAGGAACUUGGCCGACGAGCCCCUCGCUGGAUCAGAGACAACGAGGUGACCGUGUGUAUGAAAUGCCAGGAGCCUUUCAACGCACUAACAAGAAGAAGACAUCACUGCCGAGCCUGUGGCUGCGUGGUGUGUUGGAAGUGUUCAGACAACAAGGUGGCUCUAGAGUAUGACAGUAACAAGCUAAACAAAGUGUGUAAAACCUGUUACAACAUCCUGACUGGUCAGAGAGGGGACAGGGUGGAGGGCAGGAAGAGAAGAAUACUAGAGUCUGAGGCAUCUCCAGUGUCGAGUGACGUUGUAAUGAGUGGAUUCCUGCAGUAUGGUGACAACCCCAAAACCUGGCAACGAGUGUGGUCUGUUGUCACAAGGACUGAGCCUCCAGUUCUCUCCCUGUAUGCUGUUCCACAGGAUGUGAAGCAUGUGUCUAGUAUACCUCUGAUGGGCUGCAGUGUGGAGGAUUCCCCUCAGGAGCUGCAGGGGCAGCCUUGUUUCUGUUUAGGUCAGUCCAAAACCACCCACACUUUCUCCUGCGACAGCCUGGACCUGAAACGGCGCUGGCUGACUGUUCUGAAUAUUGCUGCGACAGGCAGGAUGCCAGUGUGCACGCUGAUUGGCUCUGACAUCACCACCAAUGGCUCUGGAUGUGGCAUUAAUGAUAAUGUCAGUGAUGGAAGUGUCUCUAGUGGUGAGGAAUUUAUCAUUAAUAGCAACAAGGAAACCCACUCCUGAAUGUUUAGGUGCACAAACC